AUGUUGACCAAGUUCGAGUCCAAGAGCAACCGGGUGAAGGGCCUGUGCUUCCACCCGUCGCGCCCAUGGGUGCUCACGUCGCUCCAUAAUGGUGUUAUCCAGCUCUGGGACUUCCGCAUGGGCACGCUCAUCGACCGCUUCGACGAGCAUGAUGGGCCCGUGCGCUCGGUGGACUUCCACAAGAGCCAGCCGCUCUUCGUCUCGGGCGGCGACGACUACAAGAUCAAGGUCUGGGACUACAAGCUGCGACGCUGCCUCUUUACGCUGCUGGGGCACCUCGACUACAUCCGCACGGUGCAGUUCCACCACGAGUACCCGUGGAUCGUGUCGUGCUCGGACGACCAAACCAUUCGCAUCUGGAACUGGCAGUCGCGCUCGUGCGUCUCGGUCUUGACGGGCCACAACCACUACGUCAUGAGCUGCAUGUUCCAUCCGAAGGAAGACCUUAUCGUGUCGGCGUCGCUCGAUCAAGCGACGGUGCGUGGCGCGCCGUCGACGAUGGAAGACUCGCUGCCGCCGGGUGUUGGCGGCCGUUCGGGCGCCGAUCUCUUUGGCGCGAGCGACGCUGUUGUCAAGUAUGUCCUUGAAGGCCAUGACCGCGGCGUGAACUGGGCGAGCUUCCACCCGACGCUGCCGCUCAUCGUGUCGGGCUCGGACGACCGUCAGGUGAAGCUCUGGCGUAUGAACGACACCAAGGCGUGGGAAGUCGACACGAUGCGCGGGCACACCAACAACGUGUCCUGUGUCAUCUUCCACCCGCGCCACGAGCUCAUCAUCUCCAACUCGGAAGAUCGCAGCAUUCGCGUCUGGGACAUCGCAAAGCGCAUGGGUCUGCAGACGUUCCGUCGCGAGAACGAUCGGUUCUGGAUGCUCCAGGCGCACCCGACGCAGAACCUUCUCGCCGCCGGCCACGACUCGGGCAUGAUUGUCUUCAAGCUCGAGCGCGAGCGUCCGGCCAUGGACUUUGUCGACGGCGGCGUGCUCUACGUCAAGGACCGCUACGUGCGUCGGUACAAGUUUGCGGACGGCAGCGACAACCCGGUCGCGACCUUGCGUCGGUCGGGCUCGGGCUUGCAGAUGGGCCAGCAGCCCCGCUACAUGCACUACAACCCGUUUGACCCGCCGAGCGCGACGUCCAACUCGGUGCUUCUCUGCAGCGACGCCGAGGGCGGGUCGUACGACCUCGUGACGUUUACGCCGUCCAACAACGACGUCUCGGACUCGUCCCGGGGCACGGCCUUGUUUGCGGUCUUCGUGGCCCGCCAGCGGUUUGCGGUCCUCGACAAGUCGCGCCACCUCGUCAUCAAGAACAUGCAAAACGAGAUUGUCAAGAAGAUUACGCCGCCGUCGGGGACGACCGACGGCCUCUUUCCUGGCGGGACCGUCGGCCGCGUCCUCCUCCGCAUCGACGACAAGAUGGUGCUCUACGACACGGACAGCCGCCGCGUGCUCGCGGACCUCGUCGCGCCGCGCGUCAAGUACGUGAUCUGGUCGCCCAACGGCGAGUACGUGGCGCUCUUGAGCAAGCACUCGGUGUACAUUGCCGACAAGAGCUUCAAGCACCUCUGCACGGUCACGGAGCUUGUCAAGGUCAAGAGCGGCGUGUGGGGCAACGACGUGUUUGUCUACACGACGCAAAACCACAUCAAGUACGCGCUCCCGAACGGCGACUCGGGGCUCAUUCGGUCGCUCGACGUGCCCGUGUACCUCACGCGCCUCGAGGACUCGAAGCUCUACUGCCUCGACCGCGACGCCAAGAUGCGUAUCCUCUCGAUCGACCUCACCGAGUGCGAGUUCAAGCUCGCGCUCGCGGCCAAGCAGUUUACGACCGUCAUGCGCAUGGUCAAGCACUCGCGCCUCUGCGGCCAGGCCAUCAUUACGUAUUUGACGCAAAAGGGGUACCCCGAGGUCGCCUUGCACUUUGUCAACGACGAGAAGACGCGCUUCAAGCUCGCGAUCUCGUGCGGCAACUUGGAAGUCGCGCUCAACUCGGCGUACGAGCUCGACGACGCCAACUGCUGGCACCAGCUCGGGGUCGAGGCGCUGCGCCAGGGCAACAUCUCGGUCGUCGAGAUGGCGUACCAGCGCACGAAGAACUUUGAGCUCCCAACGCAGUGGAUUCGCGCGUCGUCGAUCGCGGCCGAGCACGUGGCCGCCGGGUCGUUUGACACGGCCAUGCAGCUGCUCCACCGGCAGAUUGGCGUUGUCAACUUUGCGCCACUGCAGCCGCUCUUUAUGAGCCUGUACGCCGGUGCAUCGGGCGUGGUGCCGACGCAGGCGUCGUCGGCGUCGCUCAAGACGUACUUGCAGCGGUCGGCGGCGCACGAGCCCGCGAUCACGACGUCGGUGCACCACCUCGUGAGCAUGCUCAAGGAGGCGUACCGCGCGUUCAGCGGCGCCAAGUUUGACGACGUCGAGGGUGCGUGCCGUUCGAUUCUGCACCACAUUCCGCUCUUGUCGGUCGACAGUAAGGAGCAGGCGGCGCAGGUGAAGGAGCUCGCGGUCAUUUGCCGCGAGUACGUGGUCGCGUGCCGUCUCCGCGCGGCGCUGACGAGCGUGCCGCUGGAAGCCGACCCGAAGCGCAACAUUGAGCUGAGCGCGUACUGGACGCACUGCCGGCUCCAGCCGUCGCACAUGAUGCUGACGCUCAAGAGCGCCAUGACGAACGCGUACAAGUGCAACAACUACAUUACGGCCGCGUCGUUUUGCCGCCGCCUCUUGGAAAUCCCCGAAGUCAACACGGAGAAGAACAUCAAGCUCGCGCAAACGGCCAAGAAGGUGCUGCAGAAGGCCGAGAAGGAAGCCCGCAACGAACACUCGGUCGACUAUAGCGACGCGCGCGGCUUUACGCUCUGCGCGCGGACGCUCACGCCGCUCUACAACGGCGACGGCGUCAAGUGCCCGUACUGCGCGUCGGCGUACGUGGCCGAGUGCGCCGGCAGCCUCUGCGACGUCUGCACCCUCUCCAAGAUUGGCGAAGAGACGCUCGGCCUCGUCGUCGCCAAGUAA